AAACAGUCUGAUGGUGAAAUAAAGAAGUGUGCUGACAAAAGCUGUAGGAAGUUUUAUCAUGAAAGCUGUUUAUCAGAUUUGAAAUGUACCCGGUGGGUAAAAGCAGGAUUUAUCUGUCCCUUACAUGCAUGUGCUACAUGCAGUAUGCAAGAUGUUGAGGGAUGUGAUCAAGAUGCUGAUGGUAUGGUUUAAUAAGACAAUGUUAAGAGGUUAAACAUUUUUUAACAUUUUUUAUUCUAUACUAUACAGUAAAUAUCUUUCAUGUUGCAAACGUAAAUUUCCAUGAACUAUUUGACAUGGCAUUGUCAUAACUUAGGAAUAAUCCAAACUGUCAUAGAAAUAUUUAUGAUGCUCAAUAGCUAAUUAUUUGUUUGCAACAUAUUUGCUAGAAAUAACCUGCAAAACAAUGGCAGUGGCAAUGCAUGAAAUUCCAACUAAAAUUACUUGACAAAACAUGCCUUUAAGUAGCGAACCUGAUUUAAUUUGAUUUCUGUAAAUAAAACAAAUCUCACCAUCAUUGUUUUUAAGACUACCAUUUUGAAAUAUUAAUUUUAUCUUGCGCUGCUAUUGAACACAAAUUUACAAGCAGUUUAGAGAACUUUUUUGGGGAAUUCUAUUUUUCAGAGAUGUCAUGUAGAAAAAUCACAUAACAAUUAGCACAUAUAAUUUCUGAUGUUUUUGAGUUACACAGUUAGGAAUCUAUUUUAAUAUGGCUCAACUGAAAUUCACAUUUGAUUAACAUUUUAGACAAGGAAAAUGAGAAAAAUUAAAAAAUUCACAGAAAAUUUAAAUUUAUAUUAAAAAAUAGGAUUUAUUGUCUUAGGAAUUUAUUUAGUACUUCACUCAUUCAUCUCAUUGAUAAACAGUUUUUUCCAGUUUCAAUCAUGUGUCCUAAAUAAUGUUACAGCAUAAAAAUUAACCUCAUGUAAUAUGUCUAUUAAGUAUUUAUGGUUAUGCAAAGAAAUACUAGUAGUUAAUGUUUAAAAAAUUCAAAAUGAACAAUAUCCAUUCAUGAUACUCAAUAGUGUAGUGUCUCAUGACUCAUUGUACUUGUCUUGUUUCUUGUACCAGGUAAAUUAAUGCAGUGUGUUAGAUGUCCAGUGGCAUAUCAUGCUAGUGACUGGUGUAUAGUGGCUGGGAGCCAGGAACUGAAUGGACAGCUGCUGGUAUGCAGCGGACAUUUCAAAGCUGUUAAGGGGAAUUCCCUCCAUUCAAGAGUCAACCUGAAGAGAUGU